UCCAGAUUAUUCCGACGCUCUUGAACGCGGCAUUCGGUUUGGGUUACACCUUGGACGCUUGCAAGAUGCUAAAGGGAAACACGGCAUUUAGCCAUUUUUCUAAAGAAGAACGCCUCCUUAAAUUCUUUUCAUAAUACGCUUGGCUAAGAAUGGACGGAGAAGCCACGAUAGCAACAUGUCAUCUCCUGGACCUGCCCUGGGAGGAUGUACUGGUCCCACGGAUUUUGUGCUACUUGCCGCUGCAGCACCUGGUCAGCCUGCAAAGGGUGAGCAAGCAGUUCCACAGCCUCAUCCAGGUGUAUCUGGCCAACUGCAGGACUUUCGAUCUGCCCCUGACUGGGUCAUGCAUUCCCAAGGAAGCCUUUUGCUCAAUGUUAAAGGACAACAAAGUUCUCCAGAGUCUGUCCCUUCAGAACUGUUCAGACUGGGUGACGGACAAGGAGCUGCUACCAGUUAUUGGCCAGAACCAGCAUCUGCAGAGGGUUGACAUGAGCGGCUGUGUUUGUCUCACCCGUCACUCGCUGGUGGCCGUGUCUUUGAGCUGCAUGCACCUGCAGCGCCUUGGCCUGGCUCACUGCGAGUGGGUGGACAGCCUGUCCCUGCGCAGCCUGGCUGACCACUGCAGGGGGCUUCAGUCAGUCGACCUCACCGCCUGCCGCCAGCUCAAGGACGAUGCCAUCUGCUACCUGGCUAGGAAGUGUUUGGAUUUAAAGUCUCUGUCUUUAGCGGUAAACGCCAACAUCACUGAUGAGUCGGUGGAGGAGGUGGCCAAGAACUGCAGGGGCCUGGAGCAGCUGGACCUGACAGGUUGCCUGCGGGUUAGGAACCAGUCCAUCAGGACUCUCGCAGAGUACUGCCCGAAGCUACAGUCCCUAAAGGUGAAUCACUGCCACAAUGUGACAGAGUCGAGCCUGGAUCCACUACGGAAGCGCAACGUAGUGAUAGACGUUGAGCCGCCUUUACAGAGGGCACUGGUACUUCUUCAAGAUGUGUUGGGAUUUGCUCCUUUUAUCAAUCUCCAAAUAUAGACACAGAACAUUCUCUGCAACAUGUGCACACAGGUAGGAAGCGUUGGCACUGUCCCGCUAUGGGACAAAUGAAUAAUUUAUCCUGUCCUAGGGUUCUGACGAGAGUUCUUUGUAUCUAAAACCAUUCAAUAAACAAACAAGUAAUACACAUAGGAUGGGGGAGGUUCCUAUGUACAGAGCUCUGUGCUUAAAUAGUUCUGAGAAAAUGUGGGACAAUCAAAUCAAAGUUCCACAGAAGCGAGGCAAAAGAAUUAAAAAGGCUAGAAUGUGACCAUUGAUGCAUAUUUAAAAAGAAGAAACUGAAAAUAAUUUUAUCUUUGAUUUUAAGCCAUGAACUUAAAAAAAACAAUGUGUCUUGUCUAAAAGAUAUCGCUGCACUAUGUCUUAAUAUUUUAGUGGGUUUAACUCUCUUAUGGCUUUAAGGGAUAUUCCAAAUCUAGCCAAAGUAUAUUAUUUUUCUGUUGUUUUUUUUUU